AUGGCAGACUCCGGUCUCUUCCAAUCCUUCCAACUUCCAAAUGGAACCCGCUUGAAGAAUCGCACAGCAAAAGCUGCCAUGGAAGAGAAUCUCGCCGACGUCAAGAACCACAACGCACCGUCGAAAGAGCUGGUUCGUCUCUACCGUGUUUUUGGAGCCGGUGGUGCUGGGCUCAUUCUGAGCGGGCACGUCAUGAUCGAUCCAUACGCUGUGGCUCUUCCAGGAGAUGUCGUACUGGCGGACGAUAUACCAAACUUCGAUCCCCUUCCUUGGAAGGAGUGGAUUUCAGCGACACAGAACGGUGGAGCGCAGUUCUGGCUGCAGAUCAAUCAACCUGGACGACAGAUCAAGAAAGGAGCUGGAUUGCCUGUGUAUGGUCCCUCGGCCGUGCCUAUGGAGAUGGGAUCUGGUUCUUUGAACAAGAUGUUCGACACACCGCGUGAGAUGUCGGAGUCACAGAUCCAGGGUGUUGUUGAACGGUUUGUCUGGACGGCUCGCAAGGCGGAAGCGCUUGGUGCUGAUGGAGUUGAAAUCCAUGCGGCGCAUGGAUAUUUGGUCUCUCAAUUCCUGUCGCCUUUGUGGAACAAGAGGACUGAUCGAUGGGGUGGCACUCUCGAGAACCGAGCUCGUCUGCUGUUCGAGGUCAUUCGGGCCGUUCGCGCUGCCGUCUCACCAAAAUUCGGUGUUGGCGUCAAGAUCAACUCAGCAGACUACCAAAGAGGUGGAUUUGGACCCGACGACCUGACCUGGGUAGCCACAAGGCUGAAAGACAUGGGUCUCGACCUGAUCGAAAUCUCCGGCGGCAGCCACGAAUCUCCCGCCAUGACAGGCACGCACGCCAAAAAGCCCCAACGCAAGAGCACGCAGGAACGAGAGGCAUACUUCCUCGAGGCAGCACGAAAACUGAAAGAAAUCACGACUAUCCCACUCAUGGUCACAGGAGGCAUCCGCUCCAGAAAGACCGCCGAACAGGUCAUCGCAUCAGGAGACAAUCUCAUAGCCGGCAUCGGGACUGCAAUCGGCCUGAUGCCGGAUCUCGUGGAGCGUUGGAAGAGAGGGGAGGAUCCAGCGCCUCAUACAGCCUCGUCAUGGGUUCUUUCUGGGAAGUUGACAUCCGCGGGACAGAUUGCGUGUGUACAGUACAACCUCCAUCGGACUGCGAAUGGUCGUUCGAGAUGGGUUGGUGUUUGGCCGCUGUUGGCUGUGAUUAUCUUUUUGUUGAAUGAGAAUUCGCAGGCGAAGGCGUCUAGGAAGUGGGUGCAUGUGCUUAAGGAUGCGAAGGCGCAGUGA